AGGAAACCCAAGACAAACCCCUAGCCGUCACAACAUCCAGACGCGCUUGACCUUUUUCCCGUCGUCCUUGUCUUGUUCCAAAACACACCCACCACAAACACACUCUCGGUCGCCUGUCUUGAUCGCUCUCGUUGCCAGUGGGCGAUGAACGACGUCAGCCCAGCGCAAUCAUCCCCAACUGCGUCGCCGGCUGACUCGUCUCACUCGCCCACCGACUCGGAUCGCACGUCGCUUGGCGACAGCCCCACCAUCAUGCCCCAACCACAGCUGGGGCGGCAACAUCUUCAGAGGCCAGAACCAACGCUCUCCUCGUCGCCCUCCCCCUCACCCCCGCCACUUUCUCGCUCGCGCUCCGCGUCGGCAGAGUCGCCAUCAGCCAGCAUCACACUCAAGCGCACGGCCGAAACGCUCGAUGGCAUCGCGCGCCAGCUCGCCCAGAUGCAGGACGCGCGGCUCGCAGAGUCGGACCCAGACCUUGGGUUCAGAUGCUGCUGUGGAGCCGCAUCCGACUGCCCUACGCUCGCCGCCCGUGCCCGUCUAGACGACAAGCUCAAGCUCUGUGGAGAAAUCGGCAAUGCUCUGCUCCACCGGUACGAGGCCGUGGAGAAGAAGUAUCACCGCGCAGAGCAGCAGCUGGAGCUCAAACGCAAGGCUCUCGCAGACAGCCUUCGUCAUGUCGCCAACCUGGAACGCGCCAACACGACACACUUAUCAAAGUAUGCCGACCUGUCGCGCGCCAACGAAGCCCUCGAAAAGCGCUUCACGCAGGCACUUCACUCGCAGAACUUGACGCAGCAGUCGCUUACCCACGUUCGCUCAGAGCUCGCAAAGAUGCGCGCUGCGAAGAGCGCACAGACGGCAGCUAUGAUGACCGGCGCUUCAUUACAAGACCGCCUCGAGGACGCCGAGCGCCGCUUCGACGACGCGAAGAGCCUCCAGCAGGCCGACGCUCGCCGACUCCGUGACGAGCUCAAGUGGCGCAAGCUCGCCGAGGGACGCAUCGCCGACCUCGAGUCCAAGCUCACAGUCGCCGGACGCGAAGUCGAAGAGAUCAAGGCGGCCCGCGCGCGCGACGCCCAGGACCUCUUGGCCAACGCCAAGGAGAGACUUGAAACGCUUCAUUCAGAGCUUUCAGAGACCUUUGAGGCCGAGUCGCCAUCCGAGAUGCCCGAAUACCAGCGCACUCUCGAGGACCUGGUCGCCACAAAUGCUCUGCUCAAGCACGAUGCUGCCGAGCUAUCGCGUACCUUGUCGUCAACCAUGGAUGAGAACCGAGCUCUGAAAGACGAGCUUGAAGAGAGGAUACCUCGCCCACCGCGCUCGCGCCCAUUAUCGAUGGAGUUACGCCCAUUACUCGCCAGGGGUGGCCACGCACGGACUGGAUCAAACCCGACGGUUGGGACGACCCCUGAUGCUGCUCGCUAUGCCCACGCACGUGUCGCCAGCGCUGCCAUGCCCCGAACUGGCACCUGGGAGCACCGAAGACAGAGUUCGCUCGCACCGUCGUUCACGUCCACCUCGACGACCGAGGGUGUGAGCGUUACGUCGCCGGUUCCCGGAGGCCUCGGCUUUGGGCCCAUUGGGGAAGUGGUAUCUGAUGGCUCGCCUCUCGCUCGCGUCGACAGCAACGGUCGCCCUAUCAGCCCCGACCUCAGACUAAGCCCUCGCACACUCCGUGGCUCGUUCAGCAACAGCAUUCCCUACACAUACAAUGGCGUGCCAAAGAGCAAGUCUGGUCGCCCUCGGCCCUCCAGACAACACAGCGACAGGAGAUCUCUCACCAUGCGCGCGCUGGGCGUAGGAGAAUCAAUCAAGGAGGGCGCGGACCAGGAGGAGGGCAAUUCAUUCGAGACGACUACAACGACAAGCGGCGACGAAGGGACGUCUCCUGGAGACAGCGCCUCGGAGGCCAGCCGCAAGCGGGCGUCCGUGCUGCUGCCUUCAAAUAACCUGAUCAUGUCGCCCCGCAGCAUGAAUGACGAGCCCUUAGAGCUCCCUGGCCCUAUGGCCGACCUGCCAUCUCGCUUCGCCGACCACCGGCGCGUAGGCCGCAGAACAUUGUUGUUGCUCAGCCGAUCGACUGGUGUCCAGACCGAUCCUUCGCCCGAGUUUGACGCAAGGCGCGAUACGGCCGUUGGUACAGAAACACCUGCCACGGCGGCGGUCGACGAGUCGGAGACAACCUCGGUUCACGAAGUCUCAGUGACGAUGCCGCCUGGCAAGGACGGCUCGCUCGCCGAGCUGAUCGACUACCUUACCAAGAUCUUACUCCGCCUCCGAGGCGUCGACGUGCCAACGCUCAACCGUCGACUCAAGAAGCAGAAUCUACCCGGAGAUGUUGGUCAUGUCUCGCGCUCGACGAUCAGUUCCCUCCAGUCCGAGGUCACCGACAUGCGCCACCGCUUCCGCAGUCUGCUGGACCUGAACAGUGUCAACCGCCGUGAAGUGACACUGCUGUUCAAGCUUCUCAAGGACGUGUUCACCGACCUCCUCGAGCUCCAAAGCGUCGUCAAUGACGUAACUAUCAACCCCAAGCUCGCAAAGCAGCUUCAGCGCGAGGCGUUCCGGGAUGAGGACGCCGAGCCUUCCCCGCAGACUAGCAGACUGGGCUGGAUGGCGGCACCGCUUACAAACCUGCUGUUUGCUGCACCGGCGCCAGCCAAGGCAGCGGAGGCUCCAGCUCCUCCUGCCUCACCUACGCGGCCGAACCGACUCACUGCGCCAGCGCCGGUUCGCGCAGCCCCCAAGCAGCAGGCGUCGACUUCUGCAACAACGACGCACGUCAGUGUUGAGUUUGGAGGAGCCGGCAUCGUCCGCCGGGCUGCCCCUGCUACACCGAAGAAGACAAGGGUAGCGGUUACGAACGCCGGCGACGUGUUCUCCACAUCAGGAGCUUCGACCGGGCCUGUGACAGCAGGCCCCACGACGCCAGGGGGCCAGCCGAGAUCCGUCUCCCAGCCACCAGGAGGCUCACCAAAGAAACCAGGUGCAGUCGCCCAUGGUGCCAGGGCGUCGGUGCCGAACGCCGCCCACCCAACUUUGAGACCUCAGCGUUCUCGUGCCAGCCGCAGCGACCUCUUGGGCAUCUUUGCUGGUGCUCAGCCUGGAGCCACCAGCCCACUGCCACCAACCCGUGUCCGUCACGCCAGCAGCCAAUACUUUGCAGGAGGAGGUGGACGGACCGUUCGCGCAGUGACGGACCCGAAGCCCCGUGGCGGACUGUCAACCAUCGUGGACGCCGUGCUCGACCCCACCAACGACGGCAGCGAGCCUGGCGCCGAUCCCAACGACUUCAGGCCGGCGCUUCUCGAGCGAACCUUGAGACCGCGAGGCUUAUCCGACUCGUCCAUCCGCUCGACGGCCUUAUUAGACGCGGCGAUGGCGGACGCUGCUGCGCAGGCACCGACCCAGCCGCUUCGAUCUCGCCCUGUCCCUGCUCGUGCGGUUGCGAACGCGGCCCCCAGCGGUGAGGGAUCCGCGGGGACCAGCUUAAUCGGCGCGAGCAUGCUUGGCGCAAGCAUGUUUGGCUCCCUGUCAAGAAGGCUGUACCCAUUCCGCUCGCCAACACCAACCACCCCAGAUGUUGCGACACACGCGUCCAAGCGAUCCGGCCUGAGCCAUCCAGCAGACGACGAGGAGGUGCUGGAGGACGAUGAGGACGACGACGAUGACGCUGGACUAGGUUGGCGCGACCAGCCCCGCUCAGCGGCCUUACCCAUCAGCCCCGGCACGGCCACAACAGCCACAUUGGCAGUCACGACGACAUCGACAGGCGUGUCGCCCGUGCCCGGUGCCGGAGACCUACUCGGCUACCUCUCAUCCAAGAACAAGGAUGUAGAGAUUAGCAACCGCUACCGGCAGUCUGACGACGACGACACUGGCGCCAUGAUUGGACGGCAGUUUACGCCAGGCAGUCUCCCCAUGUCGCACGGCGGGUUGAGGUAG